GCGGAGGUGGAGGAGAAGUGGCGGAGGCGGAGAGGAAACAGAGAGAGGACAUGGCGGGAGGAGGCGGACGGGAGGUGGGCGAGGGUGAGGGGAGAUUGGCGAUCCCAAUGGCGGGAGGGAGGGGCGGAGGGGGAAAGAAGGUCGGCGCUGGCUGAGGGGAGGUGGGCGUGCACCGUUUUUUUCUGUUUUUCUUUUUAAAGGUGGGCAGAGGGAUGGUGGAUGUGCGGGCCGUGGAACGGAGGCCAGAGCGGAGGUGAGCGAAGGUGGAAGAAAGGGCAAAUAGAUGGCGGAUGUGCGGGCAGUGGAAUGGAGGCCAGAGCAGAGGUGAGCGAAGGUGGAGGAAAAGUGGGCGGAGGCGGAGAGGAGAUGGCGGGAGGAGGCGGACAGGAGGUGGCGGAGGUGGAGAGGAGAUGGUGGGAGGAGGCGGACGGGAGGUGGGCGAAGGCUGAGGGGAGAUUGGCGAUCCCAAUGGCGGGAGGGAGGUGGGCGGAGGCUGACAGGAGGUCGUCGAAGGUGGAGAGGAGGUCGUCGGAGGGCGAGGGGAGGUGGGCGCAGGCCAGAGCGGAGGUGAGCAAAGGUGGAGGAAAAGUGGACGGAGGCGGAGAGGAGAUGGCGGGAAAAGGCGGACAGGAGGUGGCGGAGGUAGAGAGGAGAUGGCGGGAGGAGGCGGACGGGAGGUGGGCGAAGGCCGAGGGGAAAUUGGCAAUCCCUGGCGGGAGCGAGGUGGGCGGAUGGUGGAUGUGCGGGCAACGGAACAGAGGCCAGAGCAGAGGUGAGCAAAGGUGGAGGAAAAGUGGACGGAGGCGGAGAGGAGAUGGCGGGAAGAGGCGGACGGGAGGUGGCGGAGGUGGAGAGGAGAUGGCGGGAGUAGGCGGUCGGGAGGUGGGCGAAGGCCGAGGGGAAAUUGGCAAUCCCUGGCAAGAGGGAGAGGGAUGGCAGAUGUCUGGGCAGCAGAACGGAGGCCAUAGCGGAGGUGAGGGAAGGUGGAGGAGAAGUGGGCGGAGGCAGAGAGGAAAUGUUGGGAGGAGGCAGGAGGUGGCAAAGGUCGAGAGGAGAUGGUGGGAGGAGGCGGAUGGGAGGUGGCGGAGGUGGAGAGGAGAUGGCGGGAGGAGGCGGACGGGAGGUGGUGGAGGCGGAGAGGAGAUGGUGGGAGGAGGUGGACGAGAGGUGGUGGAGGUGGAGGAGAAGUGGCGGAGGCGGGGGAGGAAAGAAAGAGAGGAGAUGGUGGCGGGAGGUGAACGGGAGGUGGGCGGAGACGGGGGGAGGUGGACGGAGGCGGAAUGGGAAGCGGGCGGAGGCCGAGCGGAGGUGGUUGGAGGCCGAGGCUGGAGGCGGUGGUGCAGGCCGCGGGCUCUCUUUCUCUCUCUCUCACACACACACACAGAGGGGAUAGGGAGGCGGAGAAGGAGAGGAGUUGGCAGGAGGAGACGGCGGGAGGAGGCGGACGGGAGGUGGGUGAGGCAGAGGAGAAGUGGCGGAGGCCGGGGAGGCAAAAAAGAGGAGAUGAUGGGGGGAGGAGGACGGGAGGUGGGCGGAGGUGGGCAAAGGCGGGCAGAGGUGUGCGGAGGCGGAAUGGGAAUUGGGCAGAGGCCGAGCGGAGGGUGGGCGGAGGUGGGCGGAGGCCGAGGCCGGAGGUGGUGAGGUGGGCGGAGGUGGGCAAAGGCGGGCAGAGCUGUGCAGAGGCAG